CGUCCAUUCGACAAUUCUCUUUGUGUUCUUGUUUUCCGUGUCCGACAGUGUUGUCAAAAUUCCGGCAGCACCGUUGUCUCAGCUGCCAUUGCUGUACUGUCUGGCGUUCAAUCGUAGCUUCAUAAAUACGAUUCUCUGAAUUACACGUAGAACAUGCUCGCAGAACAGACAUAGCGGAUGAUUCUACCUUCAGCUCCAGACGCCGGUUCUGAGUGAGCUAACCUUCACAGAGUGAGGGUACCUCUUAUCUGUUUGAUCAUUGUUCGUCGAGCCUGAAGCAGUGCUACAAAUUGACAGAACGAUGAAGUGGCUCGGUGCGAGUAGCGCUGGUGCUGCGGGUGAACCGGCACCUUCUAUGCAAUUACACCACCCUUCCGCAAAUGGACAUAUACCUACGGAUGCAGAGCAAUGUGGUCAAGUAAUGGCUGGUGGUGACAGUAUGCGUAUACAACCUGGUCAAACGCAUCAAAUAGGCGUGAACAGAACUCAAGAUGAUGCUAUGGUGGGUUAUGUAUUUCAACGACCAACAGAAGCAGAAUUUAAUGCUCAAUCUUCAACAUUUCAAACGAAACAAGCACCCCGUGCUUGGGCUCUUGCAGAUGAUGCUAUUAUUGAUAAUAAUCCAGAAAAAUGGAAAUAUCCCAUUACUAAACUGAGUGUACCACAACAGAAUCAACCUCAACAAUUAGGUCUACAAACUAUGAAUAAUGUUCAUCUACCUUAUGAAAUCCAUCCAAUGCAACUUAAAAGUGGAGCACCAGGAACAGAACAUUUAGUUUAUCUUAAUAAUCAAAUGACAGCACAACAACAAGUUGCUCUCUUUCAUCAUCAACAACAACAACAACAGCAACAAUUCAGGAAUGGCCAGGUGACGCGCCGUGCCGAGGGUACCUUGGAGACGGUGGAGAGUUUCGGUGUAGGGUACGGCCAGGGAGCAGGCACGAGUACAGGCGACUGGAUGAAACCACCGGGGGAUCUUUUCCUUUACUGCGACAUGAAGGAUUUGGGGGCCGAUAUGAUCGCUCCCUCGGCAAAAAAGCUUUGGGGCGUGGACGAGGGCGGCUCCAAGGACGAAGGGGGUGUAAAAGGUGGUGGGAUACUUCACCUGGGCGACCACCAGAUGUGGCGAGACUCCACCUGGAGCACCUCAGAUCAUGCUGUCUCACAACCAAUUUCCAUGGGUACAGGUAGACGUGUGGGUGUCGGUACUGGAUACCAUCAUCAAACAUCAGAAGUUGGAACGGUUCUUAGCCCUAGAAGCAGUGAAACGGGUGGUCUGGGGGUUAAAAUGGUCGAAUAUGUUCUUGGAUCAAGUCCUACGACACCCAAAGAUUUGGAGCCCAGAAUGGUUUCCCUGAGAUUGAAUACCGAUGCAGACAAGAAAGAAAAAGAGAAGGGCUCGGCAAGCCCAUUUGACAGUUCUAAAGACGAUACAGGUCCACAAAAUAACGGAUUGGCAUCCCAGAAUGGUCUUGAUGACGAUAAAGGAUUUAAUCGUACACCUGGGAGUCGCCAACCUUCUCCAGGCGAGGAGGAAUUUCAGAAGAACGCGGCUGCUACUCUGGCUGUAAGCGCUGGUGGUGGCGGGGUCGUACUGUUGAAACCUGGUGUCGAUGUGGUCGGAAGCGAGGAACAUUUCAUGGCGGCCUUUGCCCCAGCUCCACCGCAUCAUCUUCAACAUCAUCAAGCACCACCGACGCAUCAUCUCCAACAUCCACACUCGCACGCGGCACAACUCUUUGGUGCACAGGCUCCACCACCCCCACAGGGCCCUCCACCUUCGCAGCAACAGCAACAGCAACAGGGACCCCCUCAGCCACAAGACACCACUACUCACUUUGAUGUUCAGCAAUUGUUCCGAAGUCAGCCGCAAGGAGCCACCCCGCAACAGUUACAGCUGCUGCAGCAGCAGCAACAGCAGCAGCAGCAGCAAUACUUGGCCGCCUCUCAGGCGCAGCAGCAACAGCAACAACAACAACAACAAAACUUUCCCACGGCACCGUACACCGUGAUCAGUGGACAAGAACCGUACGUCGGAGCGUUGAUAGCCGGCGCACCACCUCCAGUUGUGCCACAGUAUUAUGGAGUCGCGCCAUGGGUUUACCCGGCCGGAUUGUUGCCUCAGGCUCCUCCGCAAGCUGCAGCUCCACCACCACCUAGGAGACCGCUUACACCAUCCUCGGCCGCGGCAGCGGCAGCUGUCGCUCAAGACACUGCAAAUAAUUUGGCCCAGAGUGUUCAAGGCCAGUAUCAGGUAAUACCAGCGUAUUACGAUCAAAAUGGAUCCAUCGUGAUGGGCGGAGUGCGGGGGUUAAGCUCAGCCGCGACCCCCAUGAGAUUAGUCAGUCCGGCGCCUGUUUUGGUAAACAGAGCCCCGUCACAACCACCGCCUGGACCACCAGCUCCACCACCACCGAGUCUAUAUUCUCAACCAACUCCUACGUCCCACAGUAACGCAACACCCGGAGAAUGUUUGGGUCUGGCGGCGUGCAGUGCAGCAGCAGUGGUUGCACAGGCUCAAGCAGUCGCGGUGCAGCAGGCACAGCAACAAGGAUCAGGACUAGCCGCAGGUUUAGCGGCCCUAGGAUAUGGCGGCUCCCCUCUGGGGGCAUUGGGCUCGCCCGCUCAGCUUCAGAGCACAGGUUUAGGCCUUGGCGCUUCUUCAACUGCGCGAAGAGAUUCCUUCGAUAGAAAUACAUCUGCUUUCAGUCCUAGUUUAGAAUACAGCCGCGCCAAGUGGCCACAGAGUUACGGAGCCUUAGGCACGGUAACAGCAUCGCCGAGCCCGUUGGGAUUAUCCUUAACACCACCACCGACUUUGGGAGGAUCUUUAGGAGGGCUCGUCGGUGGAGCCAGCCGUGUAUCCGCUGCCCCCGGCGCCGAGGCCAAAUUCCGGGCUAGCGCGGUCCCAGCUUUAACAGCUAACGGGGUUUUCGGCUCUAGUAGUUCUCUUUUCCCCAAUUUGGUGGGCAAGCCUGGCCGCGGUGGUACGACCAGCAUCGGAGACAAAAAUGCCGGUGGACGAUCACGUUUGCUAGAAGACUUCAGGAAUAAUCGAUUCCCGAGUCUUCAGCUACGUGAUCUGGCCAAUCAUAUAGUUGAAUUCAGUCAAGAUCAGCACGGUUCCCGUUUUAUUCAGCAGAAAUUAGAGCGUGCCUCGGCUAGCGAAAAGCAGCUUGUGUUUCAAGAAAUUCUUACAUCUGCUUAUUCAUUGAUGACCGAUGUUUUUGGAAAUUAUGUCAUUCAGAAAUUCUUUGAGUUUGGUACACCAGAACAGAAAUCAACUCUUGCUCAAAAGGUUCGAGGACACGUACUACCUUUGGCAUUGCAAAUGUACGGUUGUAGAGUGAUUCAAAAAGCUCUCGAAUCGAUCGGACCGGAACAACAACAAGAAAUAGUCCGAGAACUGGACGGUCAUGUUUUAAAAUGCGUUAAAGAUCAAAAUGGAAAUCACGUUGUACAAAAAUGUAUCGAAUGUGUUGAGCCACGAGCAUUACAAUUCGUAAUUGGAGCAUUCGCUGGUCAAGUUUAUUCUUUGAGUACUCAUCCAUAUGGUUGCAGAGUGAUUCAACGUAUUCUCGAACAUUGCACCCCUGAACAAACUCAGGGAAUUCUUCAAGAAUUACAUGCUGCUACCGAUCAACUCAUUCAAGAUCAAUACGGCAAUUACGUGAUCCAGCAUGUACUCGAACACGGUAAGCCAGAAGAUAAAGCACAGUUGAUUAGUAGUGUUAGAGGUAAAGUACUUACUCUCUCUCAACAUAAAUUUGCGAGUAACGUUGUUGAAAAAUGCGUAACUCAUGCUACGAGACAAGAGCGUGCUGUACUCAUUGAAGAAGUGUGCGGAUUUAAUGACAACGCAUUAAACGUCAUGAUGAAGGAUCAGUAUGCCAACUAUGUGGUUCAAAAAAUGAUCGAUGUAGCAGAACCAGCGCAACGUAAGGUAUUGAUGCACAAGAUCCGCCCACAUUUAGGUAGCUUGCGCAAAUACACCUAUGGCAAGCACAUCAUUGUCAAACUAGAAAAAUUCUUCAUGAAAACUGCAUCCGCGAUGGGAGUGGCAACACCUGCUGGAGCUUCGAGUGGUGGAGGUGAUCUUGGUCCUAUCGGACCGCCUGCUUCUGCUGCUGGUCCAGUAUCUACACCAGCUCAGCAGCCAACGCAGGUUUUAUAAACGUACGAAUUCGAAAAGUAAAAAUUUGAAGAUUUUUGUACGUUCAAGAAAAAACACGUACCAACAUCAACAUCUAAUAUUUAUGCAACGUAUCGCCAUUAAAUUUAAUGGACGAGGAAAAAAAAGGAUGCAUUUCGCACCAUUUAUCUCGUUGUCCCUUCUUGCAAGUAUAAAGCUGAAAGAAAAAGAAGACGCGCGCAUCCAUUUAAAACGAAAAAAAGAACUACCGAGACGAUUUUUCUUAUUUUUGCAAAACCGUAGAAGAAAAAAAAGAAAAACUAAAAGAGGAAACUAAUAAUUUGUACAGAACAACAAGAAUGGACAACGCGAGAAAACGGUGCAAAGGAGAAAAAAAAAAUUUCAAGGUCAAAUGUGUGUCAGGAAAAAUCAACUUCUAGAAUAACGUUAGAAAUGCAGUGCAUUUUUUUUAUUAGUAAUCCAACGUGCUGCCGAGUAAUAUAUUCAUAGCAAUUUACAUUGAAAUGUCACGAAAGUUGCAUUAAUAACGUUCGAGAACCGAGUUUCUUCGCAACAAUUGGAUAAAGCUUUGAGCAAUUGUAUAUGAGAAACUGUAGUGCUGAGAUGAUUGAUUGUCUUUUAAGCGCCUCUCGUUUAUCAGUGAGUUUUAGAGCAAUUCCACGAUAGUUCCGAUAAUUUAUAAGAAUUUGGGUAAAAUCGUUAUUUAACCCGUUUAAUCUUUUUUAAACUCAGCACUUUUGAAGGAGCAUAGCUCCGGUCCUCUAAACAUUUAAACGCAUACGUAAAAAAGACGUAAAACAAUGGAAAGUAGGAGGAGAAGUUGGAUGAGUCAUACGCUCGACGUGAUUAAAGCUCGGUAAAAACAGCAAAAAAAUUGUGUUUAGACAGCUAGGAUAGAUCUUAGAGCUGCAUGCAUUUAUAUCGAGUUGUAACGAAAGUGUGAUGGCCGUAAACUUUAUGCACGAAACGUUUUGAUCGCAAGUGUAUACCGUACUUAUCUUUGCACGCUGAAAGUAGUAUUAUCUUUUUACGUGCGGUAUACGUUCGAUCAACGAAUCGAUAUCGGUUCAAGAUUCGAUAGAGGUUAGGAGCUACAGAUAUAUUGAUUAUAUCUAGCAUAGCGUUCGACAUGGGAAUGAAGCUGAGUAUCCCUGACCUGACCGCUAAUCUGCCCCUUGAUUGCUUCAAAUUGUUCGUGAAAGGAAAAAAAAAAGAAAAAAAAAAGAAGAUGGAAAGAAAAAUCGAUUUUACUAUUCGUUUUUACAUUUAUAGAAAUUUCAAAGAUGAAUCAAUAUAUUAUGUACAUGUAUGUAUUUUUUUUUUUUCUUAGAGACGGAAUUUAGCACGAGAUGAAAAGAAUGAAACAAAAAGACAGAAACAAUGAGGAGAGACAUCAAGUCGUCAGCACGGUUCUCCUUUGUUCAUUUUUACGUUUGUCGCCUUUAAGCGCGAAGCAUUUUUUUUCUACUCUUACAUCCUUCUUGUAUCCCCUUUUCCCUGAUCCUUAUCCCUUUGCUCUCUUCCUCUUUAUUCCCUUACUCCUGAAAUCCUCAAAUUUUGUAAAUUGUGAUAUAAAUAAAUAACAAAUGUGUAUAGGUACGACGUGACAACCCUAUCGUGAGGAACCGUAAAUUCAAUGAAUAUUUUAUUUUUCACGGGAAUUCUCUCCUUUUUAACGGACUUUGUGAAUAUCGUGUAUUAUAAUAAUUACUAAUUAUAUUAAAUUUAAAUAUGAUUUACGUUCUAAUGCUGCUGACCUUCGAUCAAUAUACGUUAAUAUUUCCCUUUCUCCUACCGUUUUAAAAAUGGUUUCUAUCAUCUAUCGACCCCCCUCCCCCCUCCCUAUUCCCAUACAUAUACAGGCACAUACAUUCACAUAUACUUUCCAAUUGUAAAAUAUGAAGAUUUUUGACAAAGGAGACGCUCUAGAGGAAAGAAAUCGUUUAUGUUCAGAUUCAUCUAAAAAAAUCCCUCGACCCCUUAUAAUUCAAUCCCUUAAGAUCCCUUCUACUCUUAAAUAAUCGCAGCCAUCGCAUUGAAUCGCGAUGAUUUUUGAACGUAACUGAGACCCAUUGUACAUUGUAUAAAUGAUAACGCGUUCUUUAAAGGAAGAAAAACAUCAGGAAAUUGAUGUUCCCAAUGCGUGUGUAUCUAUAUCUUUUCGCGCCAUUUGUUUUCCUAUCCUUUUACACAUUUACACAUUAGAAAAACAUAUUGUACACACCAGUCAUUUUCGAUUGUAAUAUAUAUAUAUCACACACGACGGUUGGAAAGAGCACCUCUCAGCUGUUUUCAAUAACAUCGUACUUGUUCUUUCUUAUUGCAGUUUUACACUAUAAAAAAGGACACACGUAGAUAUGUUUUUUUCGUAUCUUUUUUCCUCUCUGUGGUUCUGAAAAAAAAAAUCAUCCUGAUCAUUUUAACGGUUAGCUUCUAUCAUCGCAUAUGCAUCAUGCAUUUUGCGAUACUUUCUCUAUGUUCCUAAGGUUUUGUAAACACGAUCAAACUGAUUAUUGAUCGAGAUCAUCAGUUUCAUCGAGUCUUUUCCAAAAGGAUAUCUUUUGUACAAUUUUUCAUGUACUUUUAAUCCUUUUAGUGGACGUUCACAUAUUAUUUGUGCGUAGAAUUUUUAUUCGUAUAGAACGCAUUCUUAAAGGAUAAAAGUCGAACAAGAUAAAUUAGAAAAACUGGUAGCUUGUUCUUCUAAGAUUUUAUUACGAAGAAUUUCAAAAACGAAUCAGUAUUUUGAAUUAAAAUGUUUCAUCUAAAUCAUUUCACGAGUCGUGUGUAUAUAAUUUGUACAAAAAAAAAAGAAAAGAAAAGAAAAGAAAAAAAGAAGAAAGAUUUUCUUCUUCUCACUGCAGAAAGAAAAUUUGGCUAAGUUUUUAAAUUCGACGUUCGUAUGCGCGACACAUUUCCCAUACAUAUUUGUAUACAUCCGAAAAGAACUUCGUUGCGUGUUGCAUUCUCGUAAUCGAUAGAUAAUUAAAAUAAGAUCGAGUUGUAUCUCAACUGUGUACAAUGUAUAAUAUUUUGUUAACUUAGAUGUUAAAUGUGUAGAAUUCUAAAAAAAAAAAGUGUAGAAUUCUAAAAAAAUAGAGGAACAAGGAAAGAAAAGAAAGAAGGGACAACCGUAAGGCAAAUCGAGGUCCGUCGCGAUUUUGUAUAAAAAAAGAAAUGAGAAGAAAAAAAGGAAAAGAAAAGAGCAUUUAAAAAAAAAAUAAAUAAA